AUGGCGAAUCAUGAUUAUGCAGCAUCACUACAGCACGAGCGAAGGAAGUCGCUAUGGGCCACCAUCACAAGGAGUCUCAACUUGACAACAGACUGGGAUUCUGCGCCUCCCCUACUUGCAGGUUUGAUGGAACAGUUUCCAGGUCACCAGAGAACUUCUUUGAAGUCCAUUACGACAAAUUCACUACAGUCGGGCCAGAGUACAACAGCACGACACCUACACCCCAACGAUUUCCGAGACGCUUAUAGUCAAUAUUACACUGACCCCACUCCAGCCGGUCGUGUUUAUGCACGAUCUAUGCGUCACAGACUCAGCCGACAGCCAACUUUUGAGCAUUCUACCAACCAACGAGAUGAUCGACGACCUGAUAACAUAUAUGAGGAACCAUCGACUCAACAAUAUCCAAUCAUGGCUCAUGGCUCACGGAGAGACACAUAUUCACCCGAAUGUCAACCCCUCAACCCUUUGCCGCUCGAAGCUGAACGCAUCACGUAUCAUCGCAAUGGUCAGGGUCAGCUGAUUAUCGUCCCACAAGCGACUGGCAGCAUUCGUCGGAGACCAGUGCAGUCUUCUCUGCGCAACCAAGUCAACCGAGAUGAGAUUAUCGAGUGCGAUAUUCAGUCCAGCCACAGUCAAAGUACUCAUAAUGUCAUCGCUACCGCUUCUAAUCCUGGAGGCUGUAGUCACCCCCCGAUUCAUUCCUUCAACAACCAGGCGCGGGUCUGCACACCCCGCAACUUGAACGCGCAACCGAGACUCGGUAAUUCUUUGCCUAGCUCGAACGCUGCAGAGCUCCAAGGAAGCCUCAAAUACGAUCCUCCCGACAUAACCCUACCAAGGGCCUCUUUCACCCGACGCCCCAAGGCCACCCACAAAGAUAGCACGACAAGCCUUGCUACAUUCGAGAAUCCGGAUUCAUCCGCACGUCCCCUCAAUCUGCUGCAGGCCAAUAUCGUUGCGCUAAAACAACACGUAAAGCACGGCCUCGGGGACUACCAAUGGUGGAGAACGCAAAUGAUCCGCCUCGGAACACGGGUCAAGUAUCACAGCAGGCUGCUGUGGGAUACUGAAGACGACAGAGUGAAGCUGUUCAAUGCGCGAUGCGACGUGUGGGCUUUUGGACCGUUGUUAGAUUGUAGGUGUGGGGUUUGCGUGAGGAAGAGGGGCGAGGAUCCGGCAACGGCGGAUCGAGCUGCGCAUGACGUACAGUUUUAG